AUGCCCUGUGUUCAGGCUCAGUAUGGGUCCUCGCCUCAAGGAGCCAGCCCGGCCUCCCAGAGCUACAAUUACCACUCUUCGGGAGAAUACAGCUCCGAUUUCUUAACUCCGGAGUUUGUCAAGUUUAGCAUGGACCUCACCAACACUGAAAUCACUGCCACCACUUCUCUCCCCAGCUUCAGUACCUUUAUGGACAACUACAACACAAGCUACGACGUGAAGCCACCUUGCUUGUACCAAAUGCCCCUGUCCGGACAGCAGUCCUCCAUUAAGGUGGAAGACAUUCAGAUGCACGGCUACCAGCAGCACGGCCACCUCCCCCCCCAGUCCGAGGAGAUGAUGUCCCAUUCAGGCUCCGUGUACUACAAGCCCUCGUCGCCCCCAACCCCCUCUACACCCGGCUUCCAGGUGCAGCAUGGCCCCGUGUGGGACGACCCCAGCUCCCUGCACAACUUCCACCCCAACUACGUGGCCACCACGCACAUGCUCGAGCAGCGCAAAACGCCCGUCUCCCGACUCUCCCUCUUCUCCUUCAAGCAGUCGCCCCCCGGCACCCCUGUCUCCAGCUGCCAGAUGCGUUUCGACGGGCCCCCGAACCCCGAACCAGCCGGGGCCCACCAUGCCGUGGACGGGCAGGCCUUUGCAGUCCCCAACCCUAUUCGCAAGCAGCCCUCUAUGGCCUUCCCAGGGCUGCAGCUGGGCCAUGCUCCACAGCUGCUGGAGAGCCAGGUGCCCUCACCACCCUCACGGGGGUCCCCCUCCAAUGAGGGGCUCUGUGCUGUCUGUGGGGACAACGCUGCCUGCCAGCACUACGGUGUCCGCACCUGCGAGGGCUGCAAGGGCUUCUUCAAGCGUACAGUGCAGAAGAAUGCCAAGUACGUCUGCCUGGCCAACAAGAACUGCCCAGUGGACAAGCGCCGUAGCAACCGCUGCCAGUACUGCCGCGGGAGGGCGCGCCUGCCAGCCAAACCGAAGAGCCCCCAGGAGCCCUCUCCCCCCUCUCUCCCGGUGAGUCUGAUCAGUGCGCUGGUGAGAGCCCAUGUCGACUCCAACCCGGCUAUGACCAGCCUGGACUAUUCCAGGUUCCAGGCUAACCCCGACUACCAGAUGAGCGGAGAUGACACUCAGCACAUCCAGCAGUUCUACGAUCUCCUGACUGGCUCCAUGGAGAUCAUCCGAGGAUGGGCAGAAAAAAUCCCUGGCUUCACUGACCUCCCUAAGACAGACCAGGACCUACUCUUCGAAUCCGCCAUCUGCUCCUGUUGGGGUUGUCACGUUCCUUCCAGGUCAAACCCGGUGGAGGGCAAGCUUAUCUUCUGCAACGGGGUAGUCCUGCACCGGUUGCAGUGCGUCCGCGGCUUUGGGGAGUGGAUUGAUUCCAUUGUUGAAUUUUCCUCCAACUUGCAAAACAUGAACAUCGAUAUCUCUGCCUUCUCUUGCAUCGCUGCCCUGGCCAUGGUCACAGAACGGCAUGGGCUUAAAGAACCCAAGAGGGUCGAAGAGCUUCAAAACAAGAUUGUGAAUUGUCUCAAAGACCAUGUGACUUUUAAUAAUGGGGGGCUGAAUCGCCCCAACUACUUGUCUAAACUCUUGGGGAAGCUCCCCGAACUCCGCACGCUUUGCACGCAGGGGCUGCAGCGCAUUUUCUACCUGAAACUGGAAGAUUUGGUGCCACCGCCAGCAAUAAUCGACAAACUUUUUCUGGACACUUUACCUUUUUAA